AUGGUUUCGGCUCAAGUUACUAACCUGGCCAUCAUCCUUGUGAUGAUGCAGGUCUCCAAGAAGAUCCCCUUCGACGAUCCGGAUACCCUGUUCUUGGUCCGCUGCAUGUACGUUGCCUCCAACGUGAUCAUCCUGGGGCUGUACCUCUAUGUGCAGAUGAAGAUCAACCAGAAGAAGGACAUGUCCACCAUUCGGUAUGUUGAGCCUGCGCCUAUGGGAAGCGGCGAGCAACCCAAGCCGGUGACGACCACCGUCAUGGACUAUGACAAGGGGCAGCUGCGCCAGCUGUUCCGCGGCCAGCUGAUGGGCGUUGGUAUGAUGGCCGUCAUGCACCUAUACAUGAAGUACACCAACCCGCUCCUGAUCCAAUCGAUCAUCCCCGUCAAGAGCGCGAUCGAGUCCAACCUGGUGAAGAUCCACAUCUUCGGACAGCCCGCCACAGGCGAUCUGCAGCGUCCCUUCAAGGCUGCCUCUGGCUUCAUGGGCCAGGGCCAGGUCCAGAGCGACGAGGCCUCCGUCAAGAACGCGGAGAAGAACUGGCGGGGUGGUGUCAAGGAGGAGUAA